GUCCCCCUUUUGUUAUUGUGCGAAGGGCCUACACGUCCGCUCACGGGUUCUGUUGUUCAUAAUUCUGAGAACGACAGAACCCAUCGAGGUUGCAAGUGGUGUGCAGUGUACUGUGUACAGUAUGCAGGGUGAAUAGGCGCAACUUUGUGGGGCCUCAUUAUAUUAUUGCAAGUCUUUGUUGUAGCUUGGCAGUUUAUUUUUCGCUGGACACAAUCAUCUUCAAUUCUCAGUGCUAUGCCUUGAGUUGUGUUCCUAAGUGCCUCUGAAAACUAUAUGAGUGAAUAAGAAAUUUUGGCCUUCGUGUCUUUUUAGAAAAAAGCUGUAUCCAGCCAUGAUGAUCUCACAGCUGUGUCUCCUGGACCAAGUCCAGACCGUGAUAAUCCUAUCUGCUGUGGUCUUCGGUUGCUGUGAAGACACAAUCGACAGAGGUAGCGAGUACCUCAGGAAGGGUGCAGCUGUGACCCGGGGGCACGGGAAUCCUUCACCUCGAGGAGGAAAUCAGUCGUAUGACCUUGUGACCGACAGACGGCAAGACACCAGUCACGCAUGUCACCGUAUGCGGGGUACAGCUGUGGUUCCUUGCUCGCCAGACCCGUUAAAACCUUUUCCUCGGAUUCUGGAAGAUUUAUUUGACUACGCCAUGCCUCUUGACCGCUUCCAUUGCGGUGGUUGCAUCUGCUUCAACGUGUCAAGAAAGGUAACUCUCGUGGAUUGCAACUAUAAGCACACCUACAUGUCUUUAGACACAAUCCCUGGUUGGCUUCCCCCGGAAUCCCAAAGUCUUGACUUGUCUCACAACAGGAUAACGCAACUGAUAUCGCAGAACCUCUUCCUCUACACGACAGCCUUUGCUUUGAAUAUUUCGACCAACAGGUUAAGAUCUAUAAACGGGACUUUUGCGGGAAUAUCCAAGGUUCAGAGUCCGCUGACUGUUCUGGACAUCUCCUGGAAUCCUGUGGAGACAAUCACAGACGGUGUCUUCCAUCAUUUCCCAAACCUUACACAUUUGUUCGCAGCUCGAUUACAGUUCCCGCAGGUCACGAAUUUUACCUUUGCCGGUUUGAGCAAGCUAGACGUCUUAGACCUUUCUUACGGAACCAUUCAUCACAUCGAAGCAGGUGCUUUCCAGUCUCUUGAAAGUCUUACCGUUCUUCUUCUCACUCAUAACAGAAGGCUGUCGUACUCCAAAAUGACCCCGGAUCUCUUCAGGCCACUGCGUCAGCUGUCCAUCUUGGACAUCGCCGGUGCUUCAGGAAGCGACAACGUGCCAAGUUUAAGUUUAAGUGUGUUGCUUAAUCUGAAGGAACUCUAUGUGGACGGUAUUAGAAACCUUGAGUUCGGCCCGGAGGUUAAAAACCUAUCACUGCUCUCCACUUUGUACAUCGGGAAAAACGGUUUCUGCUCCGUGGAGUCCAUUACAGUGGAAAUGUUUGAAAACCUUGUCUCGUUGAAGAAGCUCUUUUUAUAUGAAUGCAAACUGAACCCUGUACAUCCCGUCUCCUUGGGAUCAUUACAGGAUUUAGAAGAGUUUACGAUCCACAAACUAAGAUCGCAUAUGACCAUUUACCAAGGGCUGGCCAUAAUUCCGUUCUUAAACAAAACAAAGUUAAAAUCUCUCGUCUUUCAACACUUUCAUUAUCUUGGGGGCUACCGCAUGACUGCUAUAGGUUACAACGAGUCUCACUUGUUUCAAGGCUUGUCCCGAUUGGAAAUAUUGAAAAUAGAAAGUCAAAAUAUUUACUUCGUAGAACCUAGAUUUGUUGAACGUUUGCCCCCAAGCCUAAAGUACCUAAGUUUUAAGGACAACCGACUGCAUCGAGUGAAUCUUGUCAGGGAUGUGCUGAGCAAGGGAAAGCUACCUGGAUUGUUGGAAUUUGACUUAAGCGAACAAAAUUAUGACUCGUCUUUUGAUCUCCACCGGGUCAACAGAAGCAAGUGGAAUGCUACGCAAGCGAUAACGACAGAUAACCAGUAUUUCUGUUCCCUUAGAAUGUGGCUCUUGACUCAGAAACUUAGUCACAUGAUCACACAGCUUGAGUCCAGAAUCCCUCGAGUGGGCUAUUCCAACAGACCCAAAAAUCUGACUCAGUCAUCACCUCAUUAUCUCUCGAGAUUCCGAGCAAACAACGCCUUCCGAUUUGGUGAACAAGUCUUAGACCCGUCAUCUUCGUUUCUCGUGAAAGAGGUCUAUUUUUCCAAUGCCUACUUGAACUCAUGGAGCAAGCUGCGACUUCCGUCCUCUGUCGUAGUUGCUGAUCUGUCCGAUAACAAAUGUGAUAAACUCACGACGGGCUUUCUGUCUGAACAGAAUCAUAUGGAAUUUUUGAAUCUGCGGAGAAACUAUCUGGGCAACGUUCUGGCUUGGGACAAAGACGGGGAGACAUUUGCACGGGCCUACGUCACCACCUACCUAGACCUCUCACACAACUCCAUCUACCAGCUCCCGUAUAAAGUUUUCCAGAAUAUGAGUAAGGUCAGGGUCAUUGUCCUCACUGAUAACCAUCUGCAGGUCCUGGACUUGAAAUUGUUCCACAUGACGUCACUCAAAUUCCUGGACCUGCGCAGAAACUCGCUGUCUUGGAUUAGCAGACGUAGUUGUGACCACCUAGAUACCAUAGCAAUGAGCCAUGGGGUCACUUUGGCUCUUGAGGAUACACCUUUGCCGUGCACGUGUAAUGGGCUAGAGCUAUUGCGCUGGAUCGCCUUCACACAGGUUCGAAUCCUGGACCGGGACUUUCUCCUGUGUCGCAACGAAGACAACCAAAUCCAUCCCCUGGGAGACAGCGAAGCUCGAUUCCGGGAAAUGCGACGCACGUGCGUGUCACACGCCUACAUUCUGGCCGUGAGCAUUUCAUUGGUGGGUGUAGCUGUUGUCAUUAUCGUUUGCGGCCUACUGGUCAGAUACCGAUGGCGACUGUGUUACUGGAAGAACAUCUUCCUUGCCAGGUAUUACGGCAUGCGGCAGCGAGACGGGAACAAUACCCAGUACAAGUUUGACGCAUAUCUUGUACACUCAGAAGACAUCCACGAUUUUGUCAUCACCGAAUGUUUCCGUGAGCUAGAGGAUAGAGGGCAUAAAGUGUGCAUUGAGGACAAAGACUUCCUGCCUGGCUCCUUCAUCCCUUGCAACAUUGUGAGCGCUGUUCAGAGCAGCACGUUCACCGUCCUCAUACUGUCUCCCGGCUACCGCGACAACGAUUGGUUUGAAUACGCCCUGCAGAUGGCGCUCAUGGAGGAGGCCACGUCUCACCGUCAGGUUCUCCAUCUUAUCUUAUAUCAGCCCAUGCAGGACGCCCAGUUGUCACGUGACCUUCAUAAGUUGAUGUGGCAAGAUACGUAUAGCGAGUUCCCUCCCCCUGACUGCCAGCCAGAGGUGAAGAAAGUUUUCUGGGAUACCUUCUCCCGAUUAAUUGGACACACGUCGAACCCGGAACAGCAUCCUCGACUGGAACUGGAAAUAUGAUGAUGAGUAUUUUUCCAAGACAGUCGACGUCUUACGAACGCAAAACUGAUCUCUGGAGUGUGGAUCAAAAUGAACGGUAUUGUUGAACCAUAGAGGAGAAGUUUUACGACACUACAAAGUAUAUAUAAGUUGAUACCACUUUCUACACGGAGCGGAAUUCGUACAGGAAACAAGGUCUGUCUAGUCUCAAGACAAUAGCAGAGUCAAAAUUGGGAUCUAAUGAUAAUCAAAAGCUUUCAUCCAUACUGAUUGAGAGGCGUGAUUACGCAAAGUUGUAUUAACUAUAUAAGCAAACCCAUUUUUGUUAAGACUUUAAGAAUGUGUUACUGUAUUUUUAGCUUUGAUAAAGUAUAUUAUUUGCAAUGAAUCUUAAUAAAUGCUGUUGAUCGUGUCUCAAACAUAAAGAGUGAUGUAAAAAAAUGAGCAUUUUUAAUUAAGGACGAGAGCGCAAAGGUGAAACUUUGUUACAUGUAUAGAGUAACGCACAUUAUGAAAGCAUGUGUGGGUCUGUUUGUGCGUCGAUCAUUUGAUUUAGAAUAUUAUAAUCUUGGUACAAUAUGUAUAGGUUAUGUACAUAUUACACGUGCGCUGUGGUAAAGAAAUAAGAAAGAUAUAGCGUCAAUUAAAAGUUUUAGCAAUGGUGGAUUCAUAAAAGAAACAAUACGUCUCGUGGAGAAUCACUCUGAGGUUCAUCCUGUUGGAAAUGGCUUUCAUUUUUCCUAAUUCCUGGAAAUAUCAGACGCAAUCGAGUUUCAAUUUUAAAAAAUAAUGACUUAUCAUAAUUGUUUGUGCUUCAUUCACUCAUUAAACAUGUGUACUAACUUUUCUUCCCAAUACUGUUUGUUUUUAUGAGUGUCAGCACUUUCUACCAAGCAAGCAUUGAACAAAUAUUUCAUGAAUAGUUAUAACUUGCUUAGUUUUCACCGUUUUCCUGGGUGAUAGUGACCAGGAUCUUUUGUUUUAGCUCAGAAAACUUUGAGUCAUGUGUUACAAUGAGUAGGCCUACAGUUUCGCUACCACGUAAUAGCGUCAGCGUCUAUGUUGUAGAGGUUCGGUUCUUUGUAUUUUGCGCACAAAAGAUGCAAAUUCAUUUCCCGAAUGAGAAGAUUUUAAAAAUCGUCUCCGUCUUUCUGUUGAGACGUCUUAUCUCUUUCAGCCUGGGUUGGCCCUGACAGGCAGGUUUGAAGCAGCCUGUCUGCUAAAUGAUCUAAAUCGAUAUUAGCAAAGAAGGUCUACAAUUACAAUAACUUGUUUUACGAUACAAUAGUUCAGAUUUUCAUGCAAACGUCACCCUGUGUCAUGUUUGUUUGUCUCAAUUAAACAGUACAUUGAAUCCCUC